AUGACUUUGGCCGGCAGUGUGCGCAUUCUGCUCAUUGGCAACGGCGGCCGAGAGCAUGCCCUCGCCUGGAAGCUCAGCCAGUCACCUCUAGUCGAAUCUAUUUUUGCUGUUCCUGGUAAUGGAGGCACCGCGACCUGCCCCAAGACCACCAAUAUAACCGAUGUCGCCGCCAAUGACUACCCCGCCCUCGUACAGUUCGCUAAGUCCAAGUCCGUGACUCUCGUCGUUCCCGGCCCUGAGGCCCCGCUCGUCGACGGCGUCGAGGCCUAUUUCCGCGCUGCCGCUAUCCCGUGCUUUGGGCCCUCCAAGGAAGCCGCCCAGAUGGAGGGGAGCAAGACUUUCUCCAAAGAUUUCAUGAAGAAGUACAACAUCCCAACCGCCGCAUACGAAAAUUUCUCCGACUACAAGCAGGCUGUGGCCUACGUUGACAGUGUAUCCCAUGACGUCGUCAUCAAAGCUACUGGCCUCGCAGCCGGCAAGGGUGUUAUCAUCCCUACUACCAAGGAAGAGGCCAAAGACGCGCUCAAACAGAUAAUGGUGGACAAGGCUUUUGGUUCUGCCGGCGACGAGGUUGUCAUUGAAGAGUUUCUUGCAGGUGACGAGCUGAGCAUCCUGACUUUCAGCGAUGGCACCCACACUUUGUCUCUUCCUCCCGCCCAGGAUCAUAAGCGCAUUGGGGACGGCGACCAAGGUCCCAACACAGGAGGCAUGGGUUGCUACGCUCCGACAACCAUUGCCACCAAGGAACUGAUUCGCAAGAUCGAGGAUGAGGUUGUUCAGCCUACUAUUGCCGGCAUGCGAAAGUCGGGCUACCCCUUCCGCGGCGUCCUGUUCACUGGACUCAUGAUUACCAGCCAGGGCCCUAAGGUUCUCGAGUACAAUGUCAGAUUUGGCGACCCUGAGACGCAGACAGUCCUACCCCUCCUCUCUGCUGAGACGGAUCUUGCUGAGAUUAUGCUGGCUUGUACGGCUCAUGAGGCCCGUCUUGACUGCGUCAAUAUUAAGGUCGAAAACAAGUACAGUGCCACUGUUGUGGUGGCUGCUGGUGGCUACCCUGGUUCGUAUGCCAAGGGUACGCCUAUGGUGGUUGGCCAGCCGACAUCUCCAGACAUCACCAUUUUCCAUGCAGGCACCAAUCUGUCGCCCGAGGGUCGGCUACAGACAUCAGGCGGUCGUGUCAUUGCUGUCAAUGCCACUGCUGAUACCCUUGAGGCUGCUGUAAAGAAGGCCUACGAGCAAGGCGUUACGCUCAUCGACUUCGAUAAGAUGUACUAUCGCAAGGACAUUGCCCACCGUGCAUUCCGUUCACGCCAGGACAAGGAGGCUCUGACAUAUGCUGGGGCAGGUGUCAGUGUUGACGCAGGCAACGAAUUUGUUGAGCGCAUUAAGAAAGCAGUGCGUGCUACCAAACAGCCGGGUGCUGAUGCUGAAAUUGGAGGCUUUGGUGGCGAGAUGGACUUGGCCAAGUGUGGUCUUCAGCUGGACAACGGCGAGCUCCCUGUUGUGGUUGGCGCCAUCGAUGGCGUGGGUACCAAGCUAAUGAUCGCACAGAAAAUGCAGAAGCAUGAUACUGUGGGCAUUGACUUGGUUGCCAUGAACGUUAACGAUCUUGUUGUCCAAGGCGCCCGGCCCUUGAUGUUUCUAGACUACUAUGGAUGCAGCAAGCUGGAUCUGAGCACUGCUGCGUCCUUUGUUGAAGGUGUUGCUGCAGGCUGCAUUGACGCUGGAUGCACCCUUGUUGGUGGUGAGACAGCUGAGAUGCCUGGCAUGUACCAGAAGGACGACUACGAUGCGGCUGGCUGCGCGUUUGGUGUCAUGGUGAAUAGCCAGAGACUGCCACGCCAGAGCGACAUGGUUGCUGGUGACAUACUACUCGGUUUGGCCUCCAGUGGCGUUCACUCAAAUGGCUUCUCUUUGGUCCGCCGCAUUCUGGAACGGGAAGGUCUAGCAUAUACCGACGCAGCUCCAUGGGAUGCUGACAAGACUGUGGGCGAGAGCCUAUUGACUCCUACCAGAAUCUAUGUCAAGAGUUUGCGCGGUGUCAUUGAAGCUCGUCUUGUCAAGGGGUUGGCACACAUUACGGGAGGGGGUCUUAUUGACAAUGUUCCCCGCAUGUUGCCAGAGCACCUUGCUGCUGAGAUUGACUUGACGGCGUGGGAGAUGCCUGCUGUCUUCAGAUGGCUGAAAAUGAGCGGCAAUGUCGAGCCCUACCAGAUGGUUCGCACUUUCAACACAGGCAUUGGAAUGGUGGCUGCAGUUGAUGUGGCCCAUGCCAAGGAUGCCGUUGCCGCCCUGGAGGCAGCCGGAGAGAAGGUUUUCCUGCUAGGACAGCUUGUGCCACGUGCUGGCGGUGAGCCGCAUUGCAGGGUGCUUAACCUGGAUAGCUGGGCUUAA